AUGGCGAUGUUGCAAAACAUGGAUAGGAGAAUGACUAAGAUGGAUCAAACAAUCCAUGCUAUACGGAAAGCUCAAGUAUACUAUUCAAGCGGUGAUAGAUUUGAUAAUGAUUGGAGAAAACCAAAGAAAGAAUGGCUACCAUAUGAUGAGUACAAAAAGGCCAAGGAAGAAAAGUAUAAUAAAAAAGCAAAGGGUUUUUACCAAAAGGAGGAGCCGGUGCAAGAAAGGAAACCAAAUUUGAAAGAAAUGCUCACUAAAUUUGUAUUUGCAUUCGAGAAGAUACACAAUGAUACCGAUGCUGCAAUACAAGAGCAAAGAAAAAUAAUAAGGAAUCAGAAAGCAUUCAUUCAUAACAUUGAAAAGCAGCUAGGGCAGCUGGCCCAACAAAUCAAUCAAAGACAACCGGGUGAACUUCCAAGUAAUACCGAAAAGAAUCGUAGAAUGGAUCAUUUGAAUUCUAUAACAACUUAUUCUGAGAGAUUUUUCACUCCUAUGACCCCUGAACAGAAGACCUCUGUUGAAGAGUAUAGGAAGUUUAUGGAGCAUAUAAAGGCCCUUCAAGUGAAUCUACCGUUUACUGAAACGAUACUUCAAACAAUAUGCAAGCUUGUUGAGAGUCUAUUUGCAUCUAGAAAAUAUAUGGCAAAAGUAGUUGAACUAGUAUUGAAUGAGCUACCAGAAAAGAGGGGUGAUCCGGGAAGCAUCUCGAUUCCUUGUCAAUUUGGGAACAUAAUUGUCACGCAUGUGUUGACCGAUUCGGGAGCAAGCAUAAAUCUUAUGCCAUAUUCCUUCUUCAAAAAACUAAACUUGACAGAGCCAAAGCCGACUCAAAUGACAAUCCAUCUAGCCGAUAAGACAAUAAUACAUGCAAAAGGAAUGUGUGAAGAUCUUCUCAUCAAAGUCGAUAAAUAUUUGUUCCCUGUGGAUUUUGUAGUGCUUGACAUGGAAGAAGACCCUAAAGUUCCAAUCAUUCUGGGGAGACCAUUUUUGAAUACUGCUUGUGCAUUAGUCGAUGUGUGCGAAUCCACAUUAACACUAAGGGUGGGGAAUGAUUCGGUGGUGUUUAAAGCUAAACAAGAGAAAAAGCAUGAAGAGACAAAAGAAGAUAAAGUUUUCUCAAUAGAUUUGGAUGAUGAAGUGCUAGAAAGAGAGCUUGCGCUUUUACAAGAAGAAAAUCGAAAUCAAUUUCUAUUGUCUUCUAAAGAAAAUUUUGAUGCUGAAAGAGAUUUAUAG